AUGGAUACGACGUUCUUGAGCGAGCUCCUCGAGUGCUCGGUAUGCCUGGAGCAGUUGGACGCGACGUCACGCGUCCUUCCGUGUCAGCACACAUUCUGCAAGAGGUGUCUCCAGGAAAUAGUCCAGUCAAAAGGGGAACUCCAGUGCCCCGAAUGUAGAACCCCGGUGUCGACGAAGGUGGACGAGCUGCCUGUAAAUAUAUUUCUAGUUCGUCUCCUAGAGGGAAUCAAGAACAAAACCCCACGGAAAUGCGGCGUCCAACAGUCCGAUUUAGCGAUUGUGGCGGCGGGCAGCUCGAUCUGCCCACUCGGCCUCCCGCUAGGCGGCAACGGCGGCGGCGGCGGAGUUGCAAUGUACAAUCCAGCCCCAUCGAGACUCUGCUGCGCCAAGGCGAUCUACUCGUACGAAUCGGCGAACGCGAGCGAUCUGAAUUUCCUCAAAGGCGAGUUGAUCUCUAUAAUAAAACAGAUCGACAUCAAUUGGUUCCAAGGCGAACUCCGUGGCCGGAUCGGUUUCGUGCCGGCGUCCUACGUCUCAAUCCUCACUCAGCCCAACGGACAGCCGGCCCCGAUGGCAAAGGCGCUUUACGAUUUCCACAUCACUGACAAGUCUUCGGAAGAGAAGGACUGCCUCACAUUCUGCAAGGGUGAUCUCAUCAGCGUUCUGAGGCGCAUCGAUGAAAAUUGGGCCGAAGGUCGAACCGGUGACCGACAGGGAAUCUUUCCAAUCUCGUUCGUCGACAUGAAUCUCGCAGCCAAACAGCUGAUCAAGAUGAUUACCUGCACGGGACCGUCGAGAGUGGUUCCCCCGCCGCCGCCGAGCUCAUCGAUGUCCGAUCAGGGCAGCGGUGCAAAAACACCUAUGCAAGGCCCUCAAGAGCUACUUCAGGAUUUCUCGAUGUCGUCCGAGAAUAAGAGACAUUCCCUCUCUGCCUUGAACCUCAGUCAGCCGCUUACGACGCCGACUGCGACGUCGAUCUCGACGUCAACGUCGUCGUCGUCGACCGUCUCGGAGCAUCGGCACUCGUUGGAGAUUCUCCUCGACGGUCGAGGACUCGGAAGCGGAGGAGGGGGCGGGGGACUGCAAUCGCCUCUGGGACCGGCGAACGCACCCCACGGCAAGAUGUGUCUUUCACAGCUGCCCGUAUCCGGCGGGCCUUCUUCUCAGACACAACUCGCGCAGCUCAACAAGCAGCAGGUGGACCAAAAUUCACGGCGAAUUCUCCGGAACUCAGAGAAGGACUUCUCCACGUCGCAGCAUCAAUUGCACCAACAGACAAUGUUCUACAUCGCGUUGUACAAUUACAGACCGCAGAAAGACGACGAACUCGAGUUGAAAAAAGGCGAGGUCUACACCGUGUCUGAGAAGUGUCAGGACGGCUGGUUCAAGGGCAGCUCGUUAAAGAACGGUGGACAAGGGGUGUUCCCGGGGAACUACGUGCAGCCAGCAGUGAAAUCCGCACCUUCGGCCAACUCGUCGUCGUCGUCGACAACAUCGACGUAUUAUCAGCUGUCCGCAGUCGGGGCGUCGAACAGCGGCGGCGGAGGUGGUGGCCAAUUGCUCUCUGGGCCGAACUCGAUGUGCAUAUCGCCGAUGAGACCUCGCAGCAACCCUCAACUGCCGCUCACGUCGCUGUACGGAAUCAAUUCUCGAACAUCAGCAUCGGAAUGGCCCUUAUCGACGGGCACUUUCGGAGGAGGUCAGCAGCAGCAGCAGCAUUACAAUGACGGCCUCAUGAUGGUCAGCCAAGGAUUAGCUCAAACGGCCUAUCGCGGUUCGGCCGCUUGGCACACGCAGCCAGCCAACGAGGACCACCAACUCGGAGUUGUAGCACUUAAUCCCCAGCCUCAGCAGCAGCAACAAUCGACGAUAAACCAACAUCCUCAACAGCAGCAGCAGCAGCAGCAACACCUGUCGCUGAUCAAGAGACUCACUCGACAUAAAUCGAAAUCUCCCCCUCCCGCGCUGGGACUAGGUUUGCUGGAGGACGCCCCCCAGAGCGUCCACAUCAGAUCUGGUUCCUGUCCCAGCAGUCAUAGCUCCCCGGCUGGGUCGUCGUCAGGACCGUGUCUUCUGCAUAAGAAAACAGCCUCUCUCGACGAUACCCUAGCCUCGCCGUCGAGCCAGAAUCCUCCGAACGUCAGCCUGAACGCGUCUCCCGCGGCGGAGCAGUUCCGCUGUAUAGUGCCUUACCCACCCAACUCGGAUUACGAACUUGAACUCAAGGUCGGGGACGUUGUGUACGUCCACAAAAAACGAGAAGACGGUUGGUGCAAGGGAACUCUACAGAGAACGGGUCGGACAGGCCUGUUCCCAGCGUCGUUCGUCACCCAGACGGCGGACGUCUACGCUGCGUCGGACUACCCCCAACUCCAGGCUAGUCAUCUCGGACUGCCGCCCGCUCCUUCGAUGUUCCAGUGUGGAACUCUCGCGGCGCCGCCGAUGAAUCAUCCUUCCGCGCAGCACAUCCUCAAUCCACCCCAAUAG